UCGAAAAAAACAACCCGGCUCCGCGAAAACGGGCUCUUUUUGCAAUCCUGUUCCUUAAUUUGUUACGCUAAGUUUUUCGUUUCCGGCGAUCCUCUACAUUAAGGAUGUCUUCUCCAUCGCCAAAAUCACCGGAGCUAUCAGACAAGAGCCGCAAAUACGAUCGCCAAAUCAGACUGUGGGGAGAACAUGGUCAAACGCUGCUGGAAAACGCCCAAAUCUGCCUGGUCAAUGCGACGGCACUCGGCACAGAGGUACUGAAGGGUGUCGUGCUACCCGGUAUCGGCGGAUUCACCAUCGUCGACGAGCAGCUGGUACGCGAGGAGGACGUUGGCUGUAACUUCUUCCUCGAUCACGGUUCCAUCGGACAGUCACGGGCGAAACGAUGCAUGCAGCUGCUCCGCGAGCUCAAUCCCGACGUGAACGGCGAUUACGUGGACGAACACGUUGAGCAGCUGAUCGACAGCCAGCCGGAUUUCUUCCGUAGCUUCGACGUCGUCGUAGCAACCGCCAUCAGCGAGCGCACGAUCGUGCGCCUCUCGAAUGUGCUGUGGGAGCAAAGCAUCCCGCUAAUCAUUGCUCGGUCUGUGGGCUUCUACGGUGUGGCACGGAUCCAGGUGCGCGAGCAUUGCGUCGUCGAGACGCACCCAGACAACAAGCAAACCGAUCUGCGUCUGGAGCACCCGUUCGAGGGUUUGCGUAAGCAUAUGGAUGAAACGGAAAUAACAGGAAAGGUACCGUGGCUGGUCGUACUGUAUAAGGUGCUGCACGAAUGGGUCGCCGCCCACGAUGGUCGAUUCCCGGCAAACUAUCGAGAAAAGUGUGAGGUACGGGAAUUGAUCCGAUCGAAAAUGGAGGGCGAACAGGAGAACUUCGAAGAGGCCAUCAAGGCGGUAAAUUCGAGCUUCGGUGGCGGAAAGCCAUCUUCCGCGGUGCUCGAGAUACUGCAGGAUGAUCGGUGUGUAAAUGUAAAUAAGGAGAGCAACAGCUUCUGGAUCAUGGCCCGUGCACUAAAAGACUUUGUCGAUAACGAAGGCAACGGUUUGCUACCGGUACCUGGUGUACUGCCGGACAUGACCGCCGAUACCAACUCAUACAUUAGUCUGCAGAACGUUUAUCGCACGCAGGCGGCUCACGAUGCGGACAUUGUGUUCCGACGCGCCCGGCAGCUACUGAAGGAAUUGAACAAACCGAACGAUCUGAUCACCGAGAAGGAUGUGCGACUGUUUUGCCGCGAGGCGGCCAACAUCGCAGUGCAACGGGGUACCAAGAUUGCCGACGAGUUUGACAAGGGUUACCGAGCCGUCAGCAUCGCCAGUGGACUCGAAACACCCAGCUCGUUGAUGGCGCACUAUGUGGUUUUGCGGGCUCUCGAUCGGUUUCAGGCCGAGUAUGGUUGUGCACCGGGCGAAAGUGAGGCAGAAUCGGACACUUCGCGCAUAAAGAGUCUGGCUAGCAAGAUGCUCGCGGAUCUGGGCAUCGGUACACCGAUCAGCGACGAUCUGGCGUACGAAAUAUGCCGUUACGGUGGGGCGGAGAUACACAGUAUCUCCGGGUAUCUGGGAGGUUGCAUUGCCCACGAAUUGAUUAAGCUCAUCACGAAGCAGUACCGACCGCUGGACAAUACCUUCCUGUACGAUGGAUCGACAUCGCAGACGGAAGUGUUCAAGUUGUAGAUCUCUAGAGAAUCCCAUUUACAGCUGUGAGACGGUUCAAUCGAUGGAAUCGAAGUAGGCUCUGCUUGGAGAGUAUGG